UUAAAAGCACCGCCUCCGCGCCGCCCGCGUAGCUUCUUCGCCUCCGCCAGCGGGGACCCCGAGCUAGAGCCGCAGCUGGACCAGCCCGGCCCCCGGCUCCCGACUCCAGCCAGCGAGCGGCGAGCAAGCGGCGCAGAGAGGCCCGGCCGCCCGCGUAGCCCGGAGCCCGGCGGCCGCCGCCGCGAUGUUUCCCCGGGAGAAGACGUGGAACAUCUCGUUCGCGGGCUGCGGCUUCCUCGGCGUCUACUACGUCGGCGUGGCUUCCUGCCUCCGCGAGCACGCGCCCUUCCUGGUGGCCAACGCCACGCACAUCUAUGGCGCCUCGGCCGGGGCGCUCACGGCCACGGCUCUGGUCACCGGGGUCUGCCUGGGUGAGGCUGGUGCCAAGUUCAUUGAGGUAUCUAAAGAGGCCCGGAAGCGGUUCCUGGGCCCCCUGCACCCCUCCUUCAACGUGGUAAAGAUCAUCCGCAGUUUCCUGCUGAAGGUUCUGCCUGCUGAUAGCCAUGAGCAUGCCAGUGGGCGCCUAGGCAUCUCCCUGACCCGCGUGUCGGACGGCGAGAAUAUCAUUAUAUCCCACUUCAACUCCAAGGACGAGCUCAUCCAGGCCAAUGUCUGCAGCGGUUUCAUCCCCGUGUACUGUGGGCUCAUCCCUCCCUCCCUCCAGGGGGUGCGCUAUGUGGAUGGUGGCAUUUCGGACAACCUGCCACUUUACGAGCUUAAGAACACCAUCACAGUGUCCCCCUUCUCGGGCGAGAGUGACAUCUGUCCACAGGACAGCUCUACCAACAUCCACGAGCUGCGGGUCACCAACACCAGCAUCCAGUUCAACCUUCGCAACCUCUACCGCCUCUCCAAGGCCCUCUUCCCGCCCGAGCCCCUGGUGCUGCGAGAGAUGUGCAAGCAGGGCUACCGGGACGGCCUGCGCUUCCUGCAGCGGAACGGCCUCCUAAACCGGCCCAACCCCUUGCUGGCAUUGCCCCCCGCCCACCCCCACGGCCCAGAGGACCAGGACGAGGCCAUGGAGAGUGCCCAAGCGGAGGACCACUCACAGCUGCCCGGGGAAGAUCACAUCCUGGAGCACCUGCCCGUCCGACUCAAUGAGGCCCUGCUGGAGGCCUGCAUGGAGCCCACGGACCUGCUGAGCACCCUCUCCAACAUGCUGCCCGUGCGUCUGGCCACUGCAAUGAUGGUGCCCUACACGCUGCCGCUGGAGAGCGCUCUGUCCUUCACCAUCCGCUUGCUGGAGUGGCUGCCCGACGUUCCCGAGGACAUCCGGUGGAUGAAGGAGCAGACGGGCAGCAUCUGCCAGUACCUGGUGAUGCGUGCCAAGAGGAAGCUGGGCAGGCACCUGUCCUCCAGGCUGCCGGAGCAGGUGGAGCUGCGCCGCGUCCAGUCGUUGCCCUCCGUGCCGCUGUCCUGCGCCGCCUACAGCAAGGCACUGCCCCGCUGGAUGCGCAACAACCUUUCGCUGGGAGACGCGCUGGCCAAGUGGGAGGAGUGCCAGCGCCAGCUGCUGCUCGGUCUCUUCUGUACCAACGUGGCCUUCCCGCCCGAUGCCCUGCGCAUGCGCGCGUCCGCCGGCCCCGCCCCCGCCGACUCCGCCCCCGCCGACCCACCCGACCUCGCGCCUUCGCAGCACCCGCCGGGCCUGCCCCCUUGCUGAGCGCCCCUGCUCUCGCGGCCCGGCCUGUGAUCUGGGCCCUGGGGCUGCCUGAGACCCCAACCCUCUCCAGGGAUCCUGCCUGAGAUGCCUCCUUUACCACUGCAGAGUGAGGAGAUGGGAGGAGUCACAGCUGCCAAGAGGGGCCUUUACCGUGGGCCCCGCGCCAGCCACUCACCAGCUGCACUGAGUGGAGAGGUUUGCACACCUCUCCCCUGGGCCGCUGAGGCCCCGCGCACCUGUGCCUUAAUCUUCCUUCCCCUGUGCUGCCUGAGCACCUCCCCCGCCCCCUUACCCCCAAGAACUUUGCAGCUUCCCUUCCCGCCCCAUUUUUCAUGUCCUGCUGAAAAAUGUGUGUGAAGAAUUAUUUAUUUUCGCGAAAGCACAUGUAAUAAAUGCUGCAGCCCAGCCUCUGCCCA